AUGGCUGAUAGCGCCGGCAGAGAGAAGCCGCUGUCAUGCCAGGUCUGCAACAAGAGCUUUGGGCGUUCUGAGCAUCUCAAGCGCCACGUUCUGACGCACACGCGUUCUCGCGAGUACCAAUGUCGGAUUUGCCGCAAAUCCUUCUUUCGGAAGUAA